AUGGACCAAAAUACUUAUGCCAUUCAAGAUCAUGAAGAAGAAGCAAAAAUUGAAGAAGAUACCUUCAGAGCAUUAAUGGCACGAAUGGGAAGGUCAUUCGCAUAUGAUCUCAAAUACUACAAUUAUUACUUAAGUUUCUUUAGUGGAAUUGAGUAUAAUAAAGAAAAUAGAGAUCGAUGGAAGAAAGAAUUCAAAUUUUUUAAUAAACUUAAGACAAAAACUCUUGAAUUUGCAUAUAUUGGUAUCAGAGAUAGACCUUAUCAGGCCUGAAAAAGUCUCAGCCGACUCCUAGACAAUGGAGGUCAAAGAAUCAAUCAAGAAAUGAAUAUUUGUAUAUCUAAUAAGAGCCAAGAGUUGAAAAGUUUAGGGACAACUCUGUCGUCUCUAAAAUUUAAAAGCAUUUUUAGUCAGGGUUUUACAGUCAAAAUACAUUUUCAAUAUUGAACCUUUACAAGAAAGCAGUUUCAGGACCUGUUUAAAAAUGCUAGGAACUCCCAGGUCAUUGGCUUCUCAAACUGAAAUUUUAGGUAAAAUUGCUGAAAACUAUUAUGUAGAUUCUACAAGAUCCAAUUAAACCCUAAAAUUGAAUUCAAAAUCGAGCAGAUUAAUUUUUGUGAGUGUAAUCAUUUAAACCUUGGGAAGAGCCAACAGAAGGGGUCUAAAAGAUCCCAGCCAGCCAAAGACUCGAAGUCCUUAAAGAUAGAAUAUAUUUUUAUGAUGAUAUUUUCUUGCAGACUAAAGCAUUCUCUGACCCUUCUAGACGGCUCUAGUCACAUGAUCAACCUUGAUCAUGCAAGGAAGCUCCUUCAUAAAUACUGUACGAAAAAGUGUAAGAAACUGGCAGCUGGAGGAUUUGACAAAAAGAUGAGGUCUCUCUUUCAGAUAAAUUACUAAAUCUCCAAC